AUGACUCUGCACACUGUCGCACUGGGUGCGGCUUUAACCCCUACCGUUCUCCAGGCUCUUAUCGAUCAUUAUCUCCAUCGCAAGGCACGCCAUACCCAUCCUCAAGUUCAUUUGACCUACGAUGAAGGUAUUCGGAUCGUCCGACAGUUCUUGCUGUAUGCCUCCAAACACCCUGUUGAGGACUUGCAGGCCUUUUCACGACAGUCGGUACCAAGUCCCCAUUGGGUAAAGACCGAAGCAGUCACUAUUCCGAGUGAAUGUCUGUCGUCGGCGGCAACAGCUCUGGCCAAGCAGUUAGGGCCCCGAGGACUCUUGCGGGUCGGCGGAGAGCAAUGGUGGCAAUGGCGCGGACCAACUGGAGAUCUCAAGGGGGAAUGGAUUGAGAUGCGCAAAGACCACCAUGAGUGGGCCAAGGCCAACGAGCGCUGCAACAAAAUCAUGCUGUACAUACAUGGCGGGGCGUACUUCUUCGGAAGCAUCGAUACCCAUCGCUAUAUGUUGCAACGUCAUGCUCGCAAAUUGAAGGGUCGCGUGUUCGCUCCGGACUAUCGCCUUGCACCCCAAUAUCCAUUCCCAUGUGCGCUGCAGGACUGUCUCGCAGCGUACCUGUGGUUGCUGAAGAGCUACAGCCCUAAGGAAAUCAUACUGGCUGGCGAUUCCGCUGGCGGUGGAAUGGCCCUGUCGAUAUUAGUCACCAUGCGCGACCAGGGCAUCCCGUUGCCUGCAGGCGCCAUUCUGAUUUCACCGUGGGUAGAUCUGACUCAUUCCUUCCCGAGUAUCGUUGCAGACAAUCCUGGUGACUACAUUCCUCCAUAUGGGUUUAGACAUAAACCAUCAAGUGCCUGGCCUCCGCCAAACGCAGAUGAGAUCCUGAAGAUCAAGAAGCUUUCGCAGACGAAGACCUUCACCGGAGCGGAUUUGGAAGCUGCUGGUCCUACCGCAAAUGAGGAAGCCAAGGAGACAGCCAUUCGAGGAUUCACUCGCCAUGAGAAGAAACCUUUAAAUAACGGUCAUGCGUAUCCGGGAAUGCAAGAGAGUCCAGACCCGAACACGUUGCAGACGGAGCCUGACAAUAUUCACGUGGUGUUGUCGGGUGAGACGAUCGAACUGAAGGACCAAAUCCAGCUCUACACAACGAACCAGCUCAUGUCGCAUCCGCUGGUGUCACCAGUCCUCCAGCCGUCCCUGGGCGGACUUCCGCCUCUGCAGAUUUUGAGCGGCAGUGGUGAAAUGCUUCGGGAUGAGCAGUUUUAUCUGGCCCAUAAAGCAGCGAACCCAGCCGCGUAUCCUCCAGGCGACAUCUAUCUCGAUGAGUUCGAUCCCAACCGUGAGAUAUUGAAUAAGUAUGAGCCCACACAUGUCCAGCUUCAAGUCUGGGACGACUUGUGUCAUGUCGCUCCCACUCUCAGUUUCACACGUCCAGCAAAAUACAUGUUUCGCUCCAUUUCUCAGUUUGGAGCCUGGGCUUUGGCUCGCGCGCAGAAGACUGACGUGGAAAUUAUGGAUUACAACCUGUUUUCGCCAGCUUCAUCGAGUGAUGAAGACGAUGCAAGCAAGCCCGGAUCGACCGCGGAUGGAAGACAGCCAACCUUUCCAGCUGGAUCUUCAGUUGGUAAAGCCGGUGAUCCUUUACCCGCUUUUGAAGACUACAUGAUCCGCCAGAGAGUUGACAAAAGGGGCCGUUUGUAUCCCCUGGACCCUCCAUCUUCGUAUCCUGUCCUUGCAACACCACCUGCAAAGGUUGGUGCCAUCAAUCCCGAAUUGAUCAGCAAAUGGAUCAAGGCCAAGAACGAAUGGGACGACAAAUUUGCCAAAGAGAAGAUUCGAAUCCAGACCCGACGAGUAAAAGAGAUGGCCCACGGCUUUCAAGACUUUGAUGGUGAAUGUCCGCCUCCGAGCUCUCUUGCUGCUCGCCGGGCCGCUCCCGGUGUCCUGCCCAAGCGCAGCACCAAGAAGAACUAUGGAUUGGCAUUAUGGAGUGGAUGGGGAAGCAAGCAUGAUGAGCGGACCAUGGAUAAGGUCAAAAAUGCCAAGGAUGCUGGUCAGAAGACGACAAGGAAAGCCAUCGAUGUUGGCCAGGCGGGACCUUACUCAAGCGUGCCUUUAAAAACCCCUCAGCCUGAUGCUGUGAACCAAGAUGAGCCUGCCGUAGCCGGCAGAUUUGAUCCUGCAAACAACACAGCUGCUGCUGGAGGAGAUUACCAGGUCAAAGCAGAGGAUGCGGGCGAUGGACACGAGCAAGAUAAAUCCGGCCGCCUUUCGGAAUCCGCUUCUUUGCGCCCAGUUUCUGAGAGAAAUGGCGGCCCUUUACUUAUCCUCCCGGACGUUGAUAAUCGAAAAUUCAAUGACGAGAACGCAAGCACACGCGCUCUUUUCGGCGUGGCUGGAACCUUGCCCACGUCGUCGGAGACAUCUUUGCCUUAUCCGCAAGGCCGUCCCUCGUCGGUAGGCGGAUCUGUUGCAGGACGAAGCGAAUUCAUGUCAGAUUUCGCUGAGGAUACAAGCAUUCGCGCUGUCGUUGGGGUGAGAGGUGUAGUCGAACCGAUUGGGCAUCAGGACGGUGCUCGUCGCUCGGCGGAGACAUCAUCUUUACGUAUGAGCCCUUUAGGCAAAGAUGCAGUCUCUGUGGCCGAUGACGAUGGUCGUCCGCCUUCGUCCCAGCGCCCUGAGAUGCCCGACCGGGAGGUCUUCAAAACAGCCCAGGAAACGCUGUAG